AUGCCGAAGUCUCCAGAGCUUAAUGACGGUGUAGAAAGUCGUGUAAGAAACCAGAUGGAAACCGCCUUGCCGAAGCCUCCAGAGCCUAGUGACAAUCAGCUAGAAGACUUCAAGAAUACCCAGCCGGAACGGAGGGUGUUAACAAUGUCUCAUGGUGCUCCGGUUUACAACAAAACUAAUGCGCUCACUGUUGGACCAAGAGGCCCAAUGCUCAUGCAAGAUGUUGUCUACCUGGACGAAAUGGGUCAUUUUGAUCGCGAACGAAUUCCGGAGAGAGUAGUUCAUGCCAAAGGAGGCGGGGCUCAUGGAGUGUUUGAAGUGACACACGAUAUCACAAAGUAUUGCAAGGCAGCCAUGUUCAGCGAGAUCGGCAAGAAAACACCAUGUUUCGUUCGUUUUUCAACAGUCGCCGGAGAGUCGGGAUCAGCAGAUACGGUUCGCGACCCACGUGGUUUUGCUGUGAAAUUCUACACUGAGGAAGGAAACUGGGAUCUGGUCGGCAACAAUACACCAAUUUUCUUUGUUCGUGAUCCACUCCAAUUCCCGGAAUUUAUCCAUGUCUUGAAGAGAAAUCCACAGACUCAUCUCAGAGAUAUGGACGCGUUGUGGGACUUUUGGAGUCUUCGACCUGAAUCUACACAUCAGAUCGAGGAACUCCCGAUGGUUUCCGCUUUAUGCACGGCUAUGGCUCCAAUACCUUCAAAGCUCGUCAAUGCGGAAGGAAAUCCGGUUUAUUGUAAAUUCCACUUCAGGGUGAUGACAUUCGAGCAAGCAGAGAACUGGCCGAUGAAUCCAUUCGACGUCACUAAAGUUUGGCCACAUGGCGAAUUCCCACUGAUCCCUGUGGGCAGAAUGACACUCAACAGAAACCCGAGAAAUUAUUUCGCUGAGGUAGAGCAAGCUGCCUUCUGUCCUGCCCAUGUGGUUCCUGGAGUCGAAUUCUCCCCAGACAAGAUGCUCCAAGGUCGAAUUUUCUCCUACAAAGAUACUCUCUUCCUAUCGUUUGGGUGCGAACUAUACCACUUGCCCAUCAACUGUCCCUACAGGGUCCGGCCCUACAACACCCUGAGGGACGGUGCUGCUUGCUACGAUAGUCAAGGGAACGCUCCAAAUUACUUCCCGAAUAGCUUCAAGGGUUUGAAGGAAUCUGGCAAAAGGAUGGAAAGCGUAUGGAGAGUAUCAGGAGACGUAAAUCGUUUCGAGUCCAUCGACGAAGAUAAUUUUGAGCAGCCACGGCAGUUCUGGGAAAAGGUGCUGGACGAAGGAGCACGAGAUCGGCUUGUAGAGAACGCUUUCGGGAUGAUGAAAAACUGCAAACCGUACAUACAGGAGCGUGUGAUUCAGAACUUCGGAAAUGUACACCCAGAUUUUGGCAACAAACUUCGAAAGAUGAUUGACGUGUACAAUUCCAUCAAGGUGAAACUGACUCAUUCGCCACUUUUGAUCAACCAGUCCAUUUUGGAUGUAAGGGGUGUCCGUUAA